UCAUUGGUUGUGAAUAUGUGAAAUUAAAUCAUAGUUGAUCACAUAGUGUUUCAAUCACGCUCAUCGCCCAACACCCACGAUGCUUACCCAAAAUGAGGCCACUCCUGUCCCUACAUCAGAAGAUGGGGAUCCUGGGCAGAAAAAUGAGCAAAAACAAGUGCAAACUGAAGAAUCUUCUGCCACAAAAGUGCAAACUGAAGAAUCUUCUGCCUCAAAACUGCUGAGUAAUAUGGAAGUGUUAUUAUCACGAGUUCUGGCCAUGCCGCAAACAGGCAUCGACAAGCUGAUUGUAGGAAACGACGACAAGAAGAUUCUGCGUCUGGGACAUCUACGUCACAGGAUUCUUCAAAAUCGACGCGACCGGUUGAUAAAACAUCUACUGCGUCCUGUUACACAUGCGGCAAACCUGGGCACCUGGCUCCUGCGUGUCCAGACAGAAGUAGCGGCAAAGCAGCAGUAGUCAAAACUGUCAACCUGUGUGAGCAUCGAUCCUCGAGGGGAACAUUGGAUACAUCUUCUGGUGAGCGUGUAUCCUUUUUAUUUGAUAGCGGGUCGUCUUGUUGUCUUGUAAGAGAAAGCUAUUGUAAAUUUUUCCCGGGUACUGCGUGCGAUGAUCUAGUGUAUCUUAAUGGUAUAGGGGAAGAUAAUGUAAAAUGUACAUAUCAGAUUCUCAGUAAGGUUGUUAUUGGUAAAGUUGCUGCGACACUGCUAUUUCAUGUUGUACCUGAUAACGUCUUAUCAAUGCCGGCUAUAAUUGGUAGGGAUAUUUUAAAGCAAGGAAUUAGCGUGUAUAUAGAUGAUGAUCGUUUAGUAUUUAACUAUAAAACAGUGACAAAUGUAUGCGAUAUCUCUACUAACAGGGCAAUCACCGAUGUCGAUACCGACUUACAAGGCGAAGAUAAAGAAGCUCUUUUGAAAGUGCUGAAUAAAUAUGCCGAUCAUUUUACUGACGGUAUACCAACUAGUCGUGUUAAAACAGGAGAGCUCAAAAUAGACUUGAUUGACGAGAGUAAAAUUGUGAAACGUUGUCCUUAUAGAUUAGCACCAAUUGAAAAGCAAGUAGUCAGGGAAAAAGUUGAGCAGCUCUUAAAAUCUGGGGUUAUUAGGGAAAGUACUUCACCUUUUGCCAGCCCGAUACUACUAGUGAAGAAAAAAGACGACUCAGAUAGGCUAUGCGUCGAUUAUCGCGGGCUCAAUGCCAAUACACGUCCGGAACAUUACCCUUUGCCUCGUAUUGAAGAACAAAUUGACAAUCUCUCAGGUUCCAAGUAUUUUUCGUCCUUGGACAUGGCAUCAGGAUUCCAUCAAAUACCUAUUCAUCCUGAAUCUGUAGAAAAGACGGCCUUCGUAACUCCUGAGGGCCAAUACGAAUACCUAACAAUGCCGUUCGGUUUGCGGAAUGCACCUUCAGUGUUCCAAAGGUGUAUUACUAAGGCAUUGCAGCACCUCAAAGAUAGGCCUCUGAUAUAUAUGGACGACGUUCUGUGUCACUCAACUUCUGUAACCGAGGGAUUACAGCGUCUUGAUGAUGUUUUGGCAGCACUCUCUCAGGCUGGGUUUUCAUUUAACUUGCGAAAAUGUCACUUUAUGAAACAAAAAGUUGAUUAUCUAGGUUAUUCCAUUCAAU